AUUGCCUUCUGUUGCCCGAGGCCCCUGCCCAGUAGUAGGUUGCCUUCUGUUGCCCGAGGCCCCUGCCCAGUGGUAGGUUGCCGUCUGUUGCCCGAGCCCCUGUUGAGGGGUAGAUUGCCUUCUGUUGCCCGAGGCCCCUGCCCAGUGGUAGGUUGCCGUCUGUUGCCCGAGCCCCUGCCCAGUGGUAGGUUGCCGUCUGUUGCCCGAGCCCCUGCCCAGGGGGGGUAGAUUGUCACCUGUUGCCCGAGCCCCAAGCCUAAAGGGGGGAGAUUGCCUGAAGACCCCCCCUGUGCC